UCACAACAGGAAUAACAUAACAACAGGAAUAACAUAACAACAGGAAUAGCCUAACAACAGGAAUAACCUAAAAAAGGAGAAACAGAACUAAAACCUUACCAAAGGAAACCAAUGCAAAUGUGCAAAACAAUGUCCAUCGUUUGCCUAUUCCUGGCAAUGAUAGCCUGCGCCUUUGCCCAUCCAAUGUGGCCUAGACAUGGGGCACGCCAAAUGCCUAUUAACAUUCUGCCGUUCGCGCCAUCUCCAUUUAUACCCAUGAUUCCAUUACCUAGAAACCAAGAUGGCGCAUGGACAGGAAACACUGGUUUUGGAACUCAGUGGUCAGACCAGUGGACAACAGGUCAGAAUGGUCAGCUUGGACUCAACGGCCAGAAUGGUCAGUUUGGAUUUAAUGGUCAGAAUGGUCAAUUUGGAAUAAAUGGUCAGAAUGAUCUGUUUGGACUAAACGGUCUGAACGGUCAGUUUGGACUAAACGCUCAGAAUGACCAGUUUGGACAAAACGCUCAGAAUGGACAGUGGAUUGAUGGCUCAUCCAGCGGUCUAAAUUCAUGGGCCCUUGAUUCACAGGGAAAUGGCUUCACCAAUGAUCUUAACACGGGUACUAGCGGUGAUCCAUGGGCAACAUACAAGCAACUUAACGCUGGUAUCGGCGGCAAUACCCAAUCUGGAGCUGGGCUUUCUCAGCAGGUGCUCGGAGGUCAGGGAUUCAACAACCAGCUCGGCACUAAGCAGUGGCCUGGCUUUCAACAGAGUGGAGUGAGCAAUAAUGGUUUUGGAAAUGGUGUACGACAGAACUCGUGGACUGGUUCUCAAGAUAUGAACUUCCCCGCUGUACCUAACCGUCAGCAGACGGGUUCCUUUAAUCAGAGGUUUGGGACCGGCCUUGUUAACAAUGGAAUUCCAAACAAUCAGGCUACUUGGUGGAAAAAGUAGUUGUUACAAACAUAUUGCAACAGACUUACACUUUAGUUUUGUAUAUUUAUUGAUGUAUUAUUUAUAAAGAUGUGCAAUAAUGUAAUUUAUAUACGAUGUGAA